GGCGGGACGCCGCCCGGCCGCGGGUCGGGCCCUGUGUCAGCAACACAGCAGACGCUCAGGGGGACAUGGCGGGCUGUGUGGCCCGGCGGGUCCUGGCCGUGGGCAGCCGCUGGUGGUCCCGGUCGCUGACCGGGGCCCGGGGGCCAAGGCCGCUGUGUGCGGCGGGUGGACCUGGGGCCUUCCUACCAGCGGCGACCACGACGCGGAGGCACCUAUCGUCCCGAAACCGACCAGAGGGCAAAGUUUUGGAGACAGUUGGUGUGUUUGAGGUGCCAAAACAGAAUGGAAAAUAUGAGACUGGGCAGCUUUUCCUUCAUAGUGUUUUUGGCUACCGCGGUGUUGUCCUAUUUCCCUGGCAGGCCAGACUAUAUGACCGGGAUGUGGCUUCUGCAGCUCCAGAAAAAGCAGAGAAUCCUGCUGGCCACGGCUCUAAGGAGGUGAAAGGCAAAACUCACACUUACUAUCAGGUGCUGAUUGAUGCCCGAGACUGUCCACAUAUAUCUCAGAGAUCUCAGACAGAAGCUGUGACUUUCUUGGCUAACCAUGAUGACAGCCGGGCCCUCUAUGCCAUCCCAGGCCUGGACUAUGUCAGCCAUGAAGACAUCCUCCCCUAUACCUCCACUGAUCAGGUUCCCAUCCAGCACGAGCUCUUUGAAAGAUUUCUUCUCUAUGACCAGACAAAAGCACCCCCUUUUGUGGCUCGGGAGACACUAAGGGCCUGGCAAGAGAAGAAUCACCCCUGGCUGGAGCUCUCCGAUGUCCAUCGGGAAACAACUGAGAACAUCCGUGUCACUGUCAUCCCCUUCUACAUGGGCAUGAGGGAAGCCCAGAAUUCCCACGUCUACUGGUGGCGCUACUGUAUUCGCUUGGAGAACCUUGACAGUGACGUGGUACAGCUUCGGGAGCGACACUGGAGGAUAUUCAGUCUAUCUGGCACCUUGGAGACAGUGCGAGGCCGAGGGGUGGUGGGCAGGGAACCGGUGUUAUCCAAGGAGCAGCCUGCAUUCCAGUACAGCAGCCACGUCUCCCUGCAAGCUUCCAGUGGGCAUAUGUGGGGGACAUUCCGCUUCGAGAGGCCGGACGGCUCCCACUUUGAUGUCCGGAUCCCUCCCUUCUCCCUGGAAAGCAAUAAAGAUGAGAAGACACCACCCUCAGGCCUUCACUGGUAGGCCAGCUGAGGCCCUGAAUGGGCAGGCUCAGUCCUUGAACAGCUCUCAUCCCACAAUUGCUGCAGAACUCUCUCCAUCAGUGGGCCACAGUGGGUCUCCUAAUUGGUUGCGCCAUUUGAAUGUGGGGUUCUUUCUUUGGUGGGUGGGCUGUAACUUUUCUCCCGAAGACCCAUGUAGGACUCCUCCAAGGCUGGCCUCCCUGUAAGCCCCGCCUACACUGUGUUCCAGUAGCCCUUUCCACCAGGAACUCUGUCCGGCUGCCACAGGCUUGGAGGAGUUUCCUAGUCGGUCACACAAGUUGUUUGGAAUGUGAGGUUUGGUCAAUAAACCAGUGCACGCUUGGCCAUCCUCGCCAUUUCUGCCCCCAAGGUCUCAGGCUCCCUUUUUGACCCAGUGACAGCCCUUGAUUGCUUCCCUUUCUACUAGGGUAUGUAUGUUUCCCUCUUGAGGCUUGGGGUUGGCUAGACAUCUCCCAGGAUCACUGUGCCUCUCAGUCAGUGGGGUGGGGGCUGGGCUGGACUAGUUCUCUUCUUUACCUUCUGCCAAGUGCAGAGUAGGAGGCCAAUAUCAGGGUCAGAGGAGGGCCUGGCUUGUAGUGCUGGCCAACCAUUGGCAUCUCUGGCCUCAUUGGGCCUGGGAGAGAAAUGAGGCAAGCCAACCAGGUUUCCUGGAGCAGUGGGCCUGCCAGCCUUGAGCACAGAUGUCAAGCUUCCAGACUACAGAUGCAGAAAUUCAGCCAAGGAGCUUUAGGUACGGGUGGUGACUAAGCCAAGCUACUUUGUGAGCUUUUCACACAUCUCCAAGAGCCAGAGAUGAAACAUGCUGCAUUUUGCCCUGAUUCUUAGGGUUCCUGCUUCCCCACUACCAUAGUGAUUGCUAAAGCAGUCGUUUUAUUCUUGAAUUAAUAUUAAAUCUCAGUUCUGGCCCUUA